GUUAUCUCCCUUUGGUAAUGUUAUUAUUCUGCUGUGAAACAAAGAUGACAUAUUUUUGUAUUUGACUACAACAUGUACAAGAAAAGGUUCCAUGCCACUCAAAGAAAAUGAGUUGAAAACAGUGUACAGAAACAGAUGAAUUGUCAGACAUCACAAAAUCAGAAAAAUCUGUAAUUACCUCCCUUGAUCAAACUACAGUUUAGUUUAUAUUGGAAACAUCACCUUUCAUGCUGGAGGAAACAAUCAGGAUAUUGAUGCUGCAUUAGAAAAGGAACGCAUGAAAAAAUAUUAUGCUGAGUUGGACAAAUCUGUCAAAACACAUAAUGCAGAAUUUGAGCAACACACUCACAGAUUCAUAUGAGAUCACACUGAUGAUAAACCAAACAAAUGAAAUGUAUGUGGUUUAAGCAUUGAGCCAGAGCCAACUUUUGCAGAGACAGACUAGAAUACACACGAAUGAUAAACCUGAAAUAGGUGAUAAAUUUAGUAAUGGUUUAAACUUACAAAUUAAGAUGAGAUCACAUACGGAUGAUAAACCAUAUAAAUGUGAUAUAUGUGGUAAAGAGUUUGCUCAUAGUUCAGCCUUAAGGAGACACAUAAGAACACACACUGGUGAUAAACCUUAUAGAUGUGAUGUAUGUGGUAAAAGUUUUGCUCACUGUUCAAACUUAAACAGCCACAUAAGAACACAUACUGGUGAUAAACCGUAUAAAUGUGAUAUGUGUGGUAUUGGAUUUGCUCAAAGUUCAGCCUUGGGGAUACACAUAAGAACACACACUGGUGACAAACCGUAUAAAUGUAAUAUCUGUGGUAAAAGGUUCACUCAAAGUCCAAGCUUAUGGAGACAUAUAAGAACACACACUGGUGAUAAACCUUAUAGAUGUGAUAUAUGUGGUAAAGGGUUUACUCAGAGUUAUGAUAUGCAGAGACACAUGAGAAUACACACUGGUGAUAAACCGUAUAAAUGUGAUGUAUGUGGUAAAGCAUUUGCUCAAAAUUCAACGUUGCAGAGACACUCGAGAACACAUAUCGAUGAUAAACCUUUUAUAGGUGAUGAGUUAAGUCAUAUGUCAAACUUACAAAACUUACAAAAGAUGAAAUUACAUACUGGUGAUAAACCUGAAACAUGUAAUAUAUGUCAUAAAGGGUUUGCUGAUAGUUCAGCAUUGCAGAGACACACGAGAACACACAUUGAUGAUAAACCUUAUAUAGAUGAUGAGUUUAGUCAUAUUUCAACCUUAAAAAACUUACAAAAGAUGAAAUCACAUACUGGUGAUAAACCUAAUAUAACAUGUGGUAUAUGCGGUAAAAGUUUUGCUCAUAGUUCAACCUUAGUGAUACACAUAAGAACACACACUGGUGAUAAACCUUAUAAAUGUGAUGUAUGCAGUAAAAGAUUUGCUCAGAAUUCAAACUUAAGGACGCACAUAAGAACACACACUGGUGAUAAACCGUAUGAAUGUGAUAUGUGUGGUAAAGGGUUUGUUGUUUCUUCAAACUUGCACAAACACAUGAGAACACACACUGUUUAUACACCUUAUAAAUGUGAUAUUUGUGGUAAAGGGUUUAAUCAAAGAAUAAACUUAGAUAUACAUAUGAGAACACACACUGGUGAUAAACCUUAGAAAUGUGAUUAUGUGUUAAAGGGCUUAGUGAUAAUUCAACAUUGCAGAGAGACAUGAGAAUACAUACUUACUGGUGAUAAAACUUAUAAAUGUGAUGUGUGUAUUAGAGAGUUUGGUGAUCGUUCAAGCUGGCAGAAACACACGAAAGACAUAUUUCUGAUAAUUUAACUUAAUAAAUUGAUAUGUGUCAACUUAAGAAAUGUGAUAUUUAUUGUAAAGAGUUACACAGGAUUGGCAAUGUUGAUAGGCCUU